GGGAACAAACACAUCAUUUCCGCAACCACAACGUCUUCACCGAUCAGACGAAACCAUCUCUCCGAUAUGCAAACCACCGGAAAAGCUGAAGCCGAGCGACUGCUUGCAAUCGCCGACAAGCUAUUACAAGGUAAAGAUCUAACCGGCGCUCGUGAUUUUGCUCAGUUAGCUCAAGAAACUGAGCCGUUACUCGAAGGCUCCGAUCAGAUCUUGGCUGUUGUUGAUGUCCUUGUUGCCGGUGACAAACGAAUUAAGAAUCAAAAUGAUUGGUAUGCAAUCCUCCAACUAGAAAGCCAACGAAACGACGAUGCUGAUCUCAUUAAACGACAGUAUCGCCGGCUUGCACUUCUUCUUCAUCCUGAUAAGAACAAGUAUGCCUUCGCCGAUGCGGCGUUCAAGCUCGUUGCGGAUGCUUGGGCUGUGUUGUCGGAUCCUUCGAGGAAAACUGCUUAUGACAAUGAAUUGUUUGCGUUUUCGAAGGUAGAUCUAGUCGCAAUGAAGAAAGAGAGAGAUAAAGGGGACGGGAAUCGAUCAAUUUCACGUGAUAAGAUUCCGGUGAGACGUGCCGACGGCGGAGCUUCGGCGAAUAUAUGGACGGCGUGUCCUUACUGUUAUAAUCUAUACGAGUACCCUAGGGUUUACGAGGGAUGUUGUUUGAGGUGUGCAAAUUGUCAACGGGCGUUUCAGGUAGUGCUUAUACCUCCGGCUUCGUUGCCGCCGACUGUGCCUGGAAAAGAAGCGUAUUACUGCUGUUGGGGGAAUUUCCCGAUGGGAUUCGCUAUGGCAAAUUCCGAGAUCACUAAGAGCGCUACGAUGCCCAAUUGGAUGCCGCCGAUGUUUCCAACUAAUGGGACCGCUUGGCCAUCAGCCAGUUCAUUGCCGAACGGCAGCAGCGUGCCGCUGGCUGGAACUGGUGGCGAUUCCUUGGGCGAAACGCCACCACAGGUCCAGCAGCAGCAGUCGGUACAAAUGAAACCAGCACCUCCAACUGACGGCAGCAUAGUUCCUAAAAAGAGAGGCAGACCGAGAAAGAAUCCCCUGGCCUAAAAGCAUUCAAAAACAUUGGGUUUGAUCACAAUUCGUUGAAAAACGACUUCCAAUUUUGGGGGUUUUCUCUAGUUGGUGAAGAAAUUCUUCAAAAUUCUGAGAGUCUCUCUCAAAUGAAUGAAGAAAAUCAGACAUAUUAGGUUGGUAAGUAGUGUUAUUUAAUUUAUUGUACUCCAUGCUUAUAGAAAAACCUACUUACAUUACUUGUUUUCUUUUCACAAAACAUAGCUUUUAACUGACAUUGUAGAUUUGAAAUGUAAGUUAAUCUAUAAUUUGCAGUGAAAAAUCUUUGGACUAAUGCUUCUAGCUUUAUUGAAUUUUCAAGUUCAUUACCUGAUGGGGUGUUGCUAUUGAAUUUGGAAAACACCCACAAACCACUCAGUCACUCACUACGAGUUCCUGUUCAAAUUUUGCAAGAACAUAAUUUGGAGUACCUUUAGGAAUUAUAAUAUGUUGUUUCUACUUUAUAUUCCUUGUUUUCAGUCCAAGUUCAAAAUUUUUAUUAAACAGGAUUUAAUUGUGGAAGGGGACUUGUAUGAUUGGAUAUUGCUUCUAUCAAGAACUAUUCAUCUAGUGGUCUUUUUCUUAUUAAUAGCAAACAGAUUAUU